GUCGAAUGCACGAAUAAAUUAACCGCCAAAAUUUGAAAUGUCGCACUUCUAGUCAGAGUACUUUUUUUUCCGAAAUAAUCUUUAAUUAUGUCGAAUACAGAAACAAUCCUCUAUUCGCAACUCCAACCAUGGAGUACCGUUGGAGCGACUCCGUGCAUGGAACAAGUUGCGGGCCCUCCAAUGCCCACAAGAACGGGGCAGUACUAUCAAACCCCUCGCCCUCACCCGUGGAGGCCUACACUGGGAUAUGAAACGGUCGAAGUUACUCCCUUACCAAAUCAACAUGCAACCAACUCCAUGGUAGAUCCCUGCUACACUCCUUAUGGAAUGGCUACUGAACCUUUGAAAUUUCCCAAUUUGGUUACCGGGUUUGAAAGAAACCCCGCGCACGCAGCUAGAGCUGCUCUGUACACUCGGUACACCCCUCUGGAAUGGACUCAGAGCAACUUGAGACACUAUAAUGAGUCGGAUACGAAUAGGAAUUAUUCAGAGAGGCUCAGAGGAGAUUUUAUUCGAGUUAUGAGAGAAACUGAUGAAAAAACAGCUCAAGGCCAAAGAGAAUCGGGACGUAGAUUGGGAGAACGCAUAACGGACACUACAUAUUGGAGAAACGAGCUUCGAACCGAACUCGAACGUCUCCUAACCGAAACCAGUCUACUGCAAGAUGCCAAAAGAGCUAUGGAUAGAGCUAUCAGCGACAUUGAAGGUCCGCUGCACAUAGCUCAGGAGUGUCUCUAUCAUAGAGAAAAAAGAACUGGGAUUGAGUUGGUCCAUGACAGUCCCGAGCAAAGCCUUCUGAGGGAAAUUGAAACUUAUAGAGCGGCACAGGCCAAGCUUAGAUGCUUAUCUGACAAGGUGGCCGAUCAAUUGAGAAAUAAUAGAGCUGCUCAGCAUGAGCUUGAAACUGAUGUCACUAGCAAAGAAGGCGCUUUGGGCAUAGACAACAUUUGCCAUCAGCUCAAUAAUUUCUCUAAAGGAAUCAACUAUUAUGGAGGAAUUGAGAAAUUUGAUCCAACCAUAAGCACCACACUCACUUGGUCUGAGAACAGCAAUCGUGUAGUUCAAAAAUCUCAGUCGGAAAGAGGACAUUCUGCACAAAUGCGCUCAGAUAUUGAUAAUAUGAUUAAUACUUGUGCACAAGAGGUAUGGGAUGCUUGGAGUAACACCAAUAACUCCUUGGCGCGCAGAGCUGCUGAAUCCCUAGAGACAAAGAGCAAACUUCAAAACCACCUACACAAGGUUCAACAAGAGCUUUUCGAUUUGGAAAAGAACAUAGAGCUUCUGAAAAAAGCCAUAAUCGAUAAAAGCGCACCCAUGAAAGUAGCUCACACGAGACUAGAAGCCCGAACUCACAGGAAAAAUAUUGAAUUGUGCCGCGACACUGCGCAAGACAGACUAGCAGGCGAAGUACGCGAUUUGCAAGACAGUAUUGAGUAUUUGCACAGGAAACUACAAGAAGCUGAAGCUCAGCAUCAGCAACUUCUGAAAACCAGAGCUAAUCUUGAAGAGGAUCUUCACAACAAGUGCAACUCCUUGUUUAUCGACAGGGAAAAGUGUAUGGGGCUUCGUAGGUCGUUUCCUAUCAGUGCGACUAUAAAGUAUUAAUUUUGUUGGGAGUCGGUCAAUGCAAAAUUUUAGUUGUUGAUACAAAGUUUAGGCAGGUAUUUGUCAAUAAAUUGUACACUGUG